UUUACUCUCAGCACAGGGUGUUUAAACAGUCAUCAUUAUCCUAGGUCACUUGUUUAUGUGGGGUUAAAAACUCAACCCUUUUUACCUGGGCCAUUAUUAAGGUGCUAUUACUGUCUACCAACAGCUCAUGGUAAUAUAAUCUGAUGUCCAUAGCUUACAAUAUGACCGAGUGUAACUGUGAGUCAAAUCUGAAGACUGAAUAUUUUGUCGGGCCAAAGGAUAUAAGAUUUGCAGUAAGAGAUAUUGAACAGACAACAAGAGAAAUACAGAAAGUAUUACAAGCUAUACAUCAACCACAAGGUUUAAAUAAAAUUCCUCUUGCGUGUGAAAAUUCUCGAAAACUUUUUAAAGAUGUUCAAGAUCAAAUAAAAAUCCUAUCUGAUAAAAUUCCAGCCAAUCAAUAUUACAAAUACCACGAUCACUGGAAGUUUGCUAUACAGAGAUUGGCGUUUUUAGCAGCACUUGUUAUAUUUUUGGAAACAGAACAGUUAAUAGACAGACAGACAGCAGCUGAUAUUAUAGGAGUGAAAGUAGCAAAAGAAGAUGGCUUCCAUGUUGAUUUAGAUGAUUAUUUAAUGGGUCUACUUCAACUAGCAAGUGAAUUGUCUCGUUUGGCAGUGAAUGCUGUAAUCGCUGGUGAUUAUGCCAGACCACUACAAAUAUCUUCAUUCCUGGGAGAACUUGAAUCCGGAUUCAGACUGCUGAAUCUUAAAAACGAUGCCUUGAGAAAAAGAUUUGAUGCUUUAAAAUAUGAUGUAAAGAAAGUAGAAGAAGUUGUGUAUGAUUUAUCUAUCAGAGGUCUCAAACCUUCAACAGAAACAUAAAUAAAAUCUAAUUAAUCAACAAUUGUAUCACCCUGCCGUAUUUUAUGCAGACAUUUUUUUCUAAUGGAUAUUGAAUGAUUAUGUCACUGUGGGUUUUUUAAUCCCUUGCAAACUAGAAUCCUAUAAAAAAUUGAAUCUCUAAAGGGAUAUCAGUCCUAAAAAUGGUUCAGUUACUUUCAGUAUUUACAAAGAUAUAAACAAACCAGCACCACCUUUAAAUGUGGGAUAAAAUACUUUGAUGGGCCUCUUUUUAAUCUGAUUGAAUCCAAUUCAGAGGAUAAUCUGCUGUUGGUAUUUGUGUUUUGUUUUCUUAUUUAUAUGGUAAAUAAUCAAUUUGAGUAUAUUUUAGCUUGGAUUAAGCUGUGAAAUAUUAGAUAUUAUCCAGAAAAAUGUUGAUCAGGAUAGACAUCUGUAAGCACUAAUGUGCCAUUACUGUACGUUAUAUUUGAUUAGUGGUCCAAUCACAAGGUAUUUAGAAAUAUGUAUUACGGUACUGAAACAAUGUGAAAUACUUUAGGUCUGUUAAAACAGGAUUAAUAAUAGAUAUCUUUAAAACAUAAUAGAAACAUUAAUAUCAGCCAUAUUUCAUUGUAUAAAAUAACAUAAGUUACAUAUCAUCAAUCAUAGACUUCUUUUAUUUUGUUACAAUAGAGCAAACUUGUAUAUUUAUAUGAUUGUAAAGCCCAGUAUUCAACUAAUAAGUAGGACAUUGGUUACUUCAUGCAUCAUGUCUACAAUGCUUGCAAUAUAGGACCACAUACAGUCAGCCGUGCUACAGCAUAAAACAAAUAAAUUCAUUUACAAAACUA